AUGAAGUUCUCUCUUCUCACCUUGGCUCUGGCAACUGCCGCCUUUGCAAGCCCUAUGGAUAUCGAUGCUCGCGCACUGUCCGAGGGAAAUGAAUUGCGCAAUGGUGACUGUAAGGAUAUUACCUUCAUCUUUGCUCGUGCCAGUACCGAGCCUGGACUUCUGGGUAUGUCCGUCGGACCCGCCAUCUGCAACAACCUGAAGAUGUCGAAGCCCGGCAAGGUUGCUUGCCAGGGUGUUGGACCCAAGUACACUGCGGAUCUGCCGUCGAAUGCACUCCCUGGCAACACCUCGCCAGCCGCCAUUGCUGAGGCCCAAGGUCUAUUCGAGGAGGCUGUGAAGAAGUGUCCCAACACCCAGAUUCUUGCUGGUGGCUAUAGUCAGGGCACUGCUGUCAUGGACGGCUCAAUCAAGAAGCUCUCCUCGGAUGUUCAGGCCAAGAUUAAGGGUGUUGCUCUGUUCGGUUACACCCGUAACGCCCAGGAGAGGGGCCAGAUUCAGGGCUUUGACAAGGAUAAGACCAAGAUCUACUGUGCCGUUGGAGAUAUGGUCUGCCAAGGUACUCUUGUCAUCACCGCUGCGCACUUCACUUACGUUGCGGAUGCUGGUGCUGCUACUAAGUGGUUGGUGUCUAAGUUGGAUUAA